AUUAUUAUCCAUAAAUAAAUCAAAAGAAAAGAAACGAAGGAGAUAAGGAAAGAAAGAAAUGGCAUUAUCAAGUAUACAAGCAGCUUCCACAAUAUCCUCCUUCUCCAAACCACAGUCAUCAGUAGUAAGAUUGAAAUCAUCAUCAUUAUCAAAUGGUGUGGUGGGGGCUGCCGCUUCUUCAGAUUUAGGAUUUGUGACUUCACAGCUCAGUGGUCUCAAGCUUUCAUCCAUUAACACCACCAAUCUUCCUUCGUCUUCGUCUUCUUCAACAAUCAACACCCUCCCUAUUGUUGCUCGCCGAAUCUGUCCUUUCACCGGAAAGAAAUCAAACAGGAAAAAUCUUGUUUCCCACUCAAACCAUAAGACGAAGAAGUUGCAGUUUGUGAACCUACAGUACAAGAGAAUAUGGUGGGAAGCUGGCAAACGCUUUGUGAAGCUGCGUUUGUCUACCAAGGCUUUGAAGACUAUUGAGAAAAACGGGCUAGAUGCUGUCGCCAAGAAAGCUGGAAUUGAUCUUAGCAAGAAGUAGUUUGAUUUCCUUGUAUUUUUGUUAUGCUAAACAUGUUACUCUUUCCAGUUUAUAAUGAGCUCUUGUUACAUGUCUA